GUUAGUUAGAAAAAGAUAACCAUAGUUUAUGUUCGGUUAGAGAGACUACUCGUUUUUCGACGACCCUGUGUGUUUCGCUUCAGUUUUCAGUUACUAUCAUGUCCUAUUAGUUGUAGUUUGAUUCGUGCGUUUUGCAGGGUUCUUCGACGCGUUUUUUUUUUCAUUUCGGAAAUUUUCGAAGACGAUCCCGGUAUCGGUUGUUUUUGAAUUUGUAUUUUUUUGGUGCUUUUGGAAUUAUUUUUCUGCGUGAUCGAAUUAGCUACAUAUAUUUAUUGUUGUUGUUUUUUUUAGACGUUUUCUCGUUGUGUUAAAUAUUCUUAUCUAUCGGUUCGAGUUGUUCGUUGAUUAAUCGCGAAUGCUUUGUUGAAGAGCAAAAAAAACUCGACGAGGAUUAAUUUUUAAUAAUUAUUUGUUUGAUAACUAUGUUGAUGCCUGGAGCCAUGCCUACAGCAACGCCAGAUACAUCUAUACUUGGAACGACCGAAGGAUUGGUUGGUAGUUUGGCUGCCAACUUGACUGUACCUACCACCAGUUCACAACAAAAAGACACUACUUGGACUAAACUAUUUGUCGGUGGAUUACCUUAUCAUACUACUGAUAAAUCUCUAAAAGAACACUUUUCCGUAUUCGGCGAUAUCGAAGAAGCUGUCGUGAUCACAGAUCGACAAACCGGUAAAAGCAGAGGAUAUGGAUUUGUGAUUAUGGGCGACAGACCAGCAGCCGAACGAGCCUGCAAGGACCCAAAUCCGAUAAUUGACGGCCGAAAAGCAAACGUGAACCUGGCAAUUUUAGGAGCGAAACCCCGAGUUAUACCACCGACUGCUGCCUUGGCAUUUCCAGGAUUAAGAGCUGCUACCGGAUAUUCAGCCGUGUUACCUAGUCAAUUUGGAGUACAACCUAGUUACGUGUAUCAGUCGCCAUAUUUAAGCAGUAGUAUCGGUACCAGCGGACUUGUAACUCUACCUUCGCACGCAGCCGCCGUCGCAGCUGCCACUUCUCAAUUUUACGAAUAUCAGAAUGCCGCCGCAGCAGCAGCCGCAGCCGCAGCAGCCGCCGCCUCUUCAUAUCCGUCCCAAUAUGCCAGCGCUCUAGAUCCAUAUUCGGCUGCCGCGGCCGCAACAGGUAAAUUGGGAGCAGCUAAUUUUGUAUCACCGUACACGUACGCCACAUUGCCAGCAGCAGCCGCAGCCGCAGCCGGUCUACCCACGGCCAACACAGCAGUUUCAGCAGCCUCGGCCUUCCCUGGUCUAUCCCAUUACACAGCAGCUGCAGCGGCCGCAGCAGCAUCCCUUCAAGAGGCUAGACUCCAGUGAUAUUAGCAUUUAGCUAGAUACGAUUCGAGACAUCGAUUACUAUGUUCUAGUACAGAAGGUAACCAACAUUUUUACGCGAGAUUAUGAUGAUGAAUUGGUCCUUGUCUCGAGUUAUGAAAUUUCUAAUUUAUCUAGCAAAACAUACCAAAAAUUUGUAACAUAUAGGUUUUUUUCUUUUUUUUUUUUUUUUGUUAAUGGUACAAUAACAUUACCCGCCCCAUCUUCCCUCCUGUUUCGUUUGAAACCUUUUUAGAAAUGGUUAUUUCGGCAGAUAAUAAAACACUUUUUUUUUCUUCUUAUUACUAUUAUUAUUAUUAUGUAUAAGUUGAUGUUAAAUGUGCGAUAAUGUUAGUUAUAUAUGUGUUUAUACGUGCAAUUAUUUUUUGAAAAUGUUGCAUGUUAGUAGUAUUAUACUUUUUUAAUGUCGACCUUUUUUUUUUUUUUUUUUUUCUGUUUAUUAUUAUGAGAUAUAUGUAUUAACUGUGGCAAAACGAAAAAUAUCAAAAUUUUUAUGAUAAUUGAUUGGUGUUGCAUGCUUCUCUCUCUCUUCUUUUUUUUUUUUUUUUUUUUGUUACACAUCAAUGUGACGCUAUAUAUAUUUAUGUUCUUGUACCAUAUUCUUAUUCAUUUUUUUUCUUUUUUCAUAAUUUACUUUCAAAAGAACGUGCAUUUGAUAUAAAUGUACCUGUUCGAGUCAAUUAAACUCAACUUAUAAGUAUUUAUACCUAUUACAAAAAAGAAAUUAAGUAUUUGAAGAGUGAUAUUCCAAAACUCGCUUUGUCCAUUUUCACAACUUUUCAGGAGAGAGGAAAAACAAUUUCCCUUUAAACGGGUAAAUUGGCUUUUUAGGCGAGUUUAGCACUUUAUUUGGGUGGAUUUAUGAUGUAGGAGUGUAGGUAUACAUUUCAUCCACUAAAUACUGCUGAAAAAAAUUUCAAUAAAAAUGGACAAAGCGCGUUUUGGAACAUUAUUUUUUUUAAAUUUUUAGUGAAUUGGCUAUUUAGGUGAGUUUAACACCUCAUUUUGGUAGGUUGAUGAUGUAGGAAUGUGAGUUAGUACUUCAUCUACCAGGUACCACUGAAAACCCAACUUUGAUAAAAAUGGACAAAGCGAGUUUUGGAAUAUCACUCUUCAUUUCAUGUAUUUUACUCGUAUUAUUUAUACAUAGAUAAAAAAAAAGCUUUUGUAGAAGUAUCCUCGUUAUAUGUAUGGCGUCAUUUUCAAAAAUACCUAUCAAUUUUUUUAAUUUUGUUUACCUAUUACCUACCUACCUUCACAAUGUUCGUCAAAUCGAAUGCGAACAUAAAUUUGUGUCAUCCUAGAGAGUUUUUUUUCAGAUAUAUGUAAUUAUAAAAGGAUGGCAUAUUACCUAUAUGUUUUCAUAGUCAUAAUAUUUUCAUGUGAUUAUGAAAAAUUGAGUAGAUUUGAUCUCAGAUCGUUUAUAAUCGUAUAAUGAUUACAUCUGUAAAAAAAAUUCUCCCAGGAUUUGGUCUCCUAUUUCCAUAUUUUUACUAAAAAAAAAAAAUAAAAAUAAAAAUUGGAAGUAGAGGAUAUUAUUUUGUUAAACUGUUAUCUACCCGUAUUUUUUCAUGCCCAGCCAAUCGAUGUUUGGAAAAAGUUAGGGGAAAACCAUCCUACAUUACGCAGUUUAAAUACUAGUAAAAAUAUUGUGAUUUUAGUACAAAUUGUUUUUAUUAUUAAUAUUUCAAAAAUAUAUAUAAUUAUAUAAAAUACAAUAAGUGAUAAACGUAUUAAAAAAAUUCCUAUUAAUCCAACGGUAGUAAUUUUUAUUAUUGAAUUUUAAUUAAUAUUUUUUUUCAUUGUUGUAUAAAUUUUAAAUGAACGAACUUUAAACAUACAAACGCACAUUUUAUAUUCUAAUUCUAUAUUAUCUAAAUAUGUAAUAAUUUUACGUAACUAAUUUAAUGUAUACGAAAAAUGCACUUGGGAGUUUAACCUUGUAGACCAAUUUGGCUUAAUCGCUAACAUAGGACUGAUUUUUAUUACCUACACUGGUUUAGUACGGCGUACGGCGUGUAUGCGCAUGCGCGACGUAUCUAACAAGCACACGCACUGCGCUAACCGUGUCAGUCUUGUUUGUGGAGUGUAUGCGGAUGGAUGUGAGUUGUAGCGUUGAGGUUGCGUUGUUGUUAUUGUUGUUGUUCUUUACCUAAAUUUUAUUCUUUCUGUAUUUUAUUGGUUUAUUUUUUUCCCCUGUUUUUUCUGUUUUUUUGUUUCACUCGAUUUAUGUAAUGAAAAAUGGAGCUUGGAUGUCGAAGUUUGGUUACGUAGAUGUUUUUUUUUGUGCGUAAAAUGUGAUCCAAGAUGGAGUAUUUUAAAAAUUGAAAUUGAUUUAGGAAAUUGGAUUGUUUAUGGUGUCUUAUUACGUUAUUAGAUACCUACUUACUUUUGUACAAAUUUUUUGAAAAUUUUGUUCGAUGGGUGAGGUUAGGAUAAUUUUAUAAUUUCCUUAGUAUCAGCUUUCCUGUUGCUGAAGAUAUUGUAAUCAGAUGGUUACACAAGUUAUGUAGGUACCUGAUUAGAAAUGUUGACACUGAAAAAAAAAAGUAUCGAUAUUUCACAAUCGACAAAAAGUAUCGGGUUUGAAAAUAUUACUUAGUUCAUCUCUACAAACGCAGAUUUCUACUAAAACAAAUGAAAGAAGUUGUUAAGUAGGUAUUUCAUCUGUAAAACACAUGGAGGAGUUAAUUGAAUUUUGAUACUUUGGGAAAGUUAUUGAUGAAAUUUGAUAGUCUUACUCAAUAUAGACCAGUAACAAAAAAUUACUGAAAAAAUAUAGACUUGAGUAUUUUAUCUACUUCCACAAUUUUUUCUGAAUUUUGUCGAAUUUCUAGGGCUGUAAAAUAAAAACAAAAUCUAACGAUAAAGUGUUAAAACUGAUCAGGCACUUUGUAUACCAUCAUAAAAGAUCAGUUUUUCUGGAACCAAGAACCCUACCAUAAACUUGUGAGUUACCAAUUCAUUCUUGCUCCAAAAUUGAUCCUCUGUUGCUGAAAUUAAUUUUUAAAAACUCGAAUAACAAAUUUUUUCCACAUGAGGCCCAAAGAUAAGAAUAUUAUUUGAUCUACAAUAAACUUUCUUUAUUUAUCCAUUUAGGCUGUACCUUUUUUUUCCAAAUGAAACACAUUUGUUUGAGUAAGAGGUGUUCACCAUAAUCACCCUAAAUCAUCCUCUUGGAUAACCCUGAAGCAUUCCCCUCAUCUUUAAAAUGGCAGUUAAUUUUUUCACGACCUUAUUUAGCGUAUACAUUUUUGCCUCAGCACAUCCCCGUAUACUCGUGCAUAUGUCGAGUGUCGCUUCAAUCAUUAAUAUCUGUCUAGAAUUAUCAGCCAAGAUCUACGCUUAGAGUGUUGUUUUUGUGUAAAAUGCUAAGUUAUGUAUAUUCACUUUCAAAACAAAUUAACAUCAGUAUACACUUGAUGAAUGUUAACUCGACUCCUCGUCUCUCUUGUACUUCUACUUUGAUAAUUUUCAAAACAGCGAAUGAUUUACGACUUGAGACGACAAUUUUUUCUUUUCUUUUUGUUCUUUGAAAAUACGUCUUAUCAUCUAAUUACCCGAAAACCAAGAUGCCAAUGUUGGGAGCUUUGAAAUUAAGAAACGAUGCGAAAAUUAGAUAAACGGGUUCUGCGCCAGGAGCCGUUCAAAGACUUGUUUCGAAACACGUGUCAGUCAAUUUAAUAAAAACUCUAGUACAACGCAACAUGGGUACGUUUUAACUGGAUAAAAAAAAAGUAUUCGAUUCGGAUGCUUCGCUAUUUUAUUACGUUGUCUGAAAAUAAACUGCAUAUUUUGGAAACGCUUCAAGGUAUUGGAAAUGAUUUAUUAUACUGUAAGUAGAGAUGUAUUGUGAAGAUGACUCUGUCUCAGUCUGUGUAUUAAAUGCCUUCAUUUUUCGUCUAUUUCUUUUUCCAAAAAGGUAAUCCUAUAAUCUGAGACAGUAAAAAAUAUUCAAAAAUACUUGGCGUGCAACGUAAUAGCCUAUGUAUGUACUUUUAAGAAAUACAACGAUGUAAUACUGAAGGUUUUUCCGUCGGUUGCGUUAUAGAAUGUGUGUAUUUUGAUAAAUUAAAUGUAAAAUGCUAUAGUUGCAUUGUUUACAUUGUGGCAGUAUAUUUGGUCGGUUCAUUGUAAAAUGAAUAAUUCUUGUAAGAACGUACAUAAAUCAUGCGGCCUUUCAUAUUUUCUCUUUUGUUAACUAAUUCAUUAAAGUAUAUACCGGUAUGUUUUAAUUUAUUGCCAUCUUGCUAGAAAUGAUUUAGUCUAAUUUGAUUAAAGCGUAUUAAUUUUUGCUCACGAGCCAGUGUGUUGACACGCUAUACACGGGUUAGACACUGAAGAUGGCAAAUACGUCGUUGUUAAUCUCAUAUUAUAUCAACGAGCAGGAAUGCAGAACGAGAAAUUAUUGAUGAAUUUCGCUCUCGUUUAUAAUCUAUAGCUUUGGGGGUCGGCUGUCUAGUAUCAUAAAUGACGUUGUUAACGCGAUGUCAUCUCGAACAUCAGCCAUGUAUACUUUACUACCACAAUGUCGAUUCAAAUUUAUCUCAAAAUCAUCCAGAGGUUAAUCCUGUUACCGUGAACAAGUUAUCUCUUUGGACAAGUUCGGCGUUAAGAAGAGGAAAAAAACGACUCGAAAUUUCGCACAUUAAUCGUUUCUGAGAUCAAUUAAGCGUAAAGAAUUGAAAGUUCAUUACAAAGGUUUUACACUAGAGCACGCUUUUCAUUUUAUUAUAGAGUAAAUCUUUCACUAAUUAAUCUCUCUGUUGGUUGUUUUUCUUUUUUCCUUGUUUUGCUGAAAUUCGCAUCAAAAUCCCCACGAGUAUAACUCAUUAAUUUUUUUUUUCUCUCUAGUCAUUGAACGUGUGUUAUUAGUUUGAUAUUACGUUUGUUAGUACGUACUUUUUCUUUUUCGUUUUUUCUCCUUUUUCAAAACUAUAAAGUCUAUUAUAUUAUUUUUAACAAACAGCAAAUUGGAAAAAGUUUUAUCACAAUGUACACUCAAUUUUUAGCCAACUAGCUCCAUUUUUCUUAGGUCAUAAUCGAGUGAAACAUUUAUAAAAUAACGUCCAAACCUCACGAUAGGAGCUUAUUUGAAAAAUGAAAAAUUUACAAAAAAAAAACAUUCGUCCUUGGUAUUUUUUUUAUUUUAUUUUUUUUCGGAAAACUUGAUACCGUCGUCUAAAUAAUAUAUUUUCCAUAAAAUUAAUUUUAAAGGACAUUGUUUUAACCAGUAUAUAUCUAAGCACAGAUUCAUUUUGUCGAAAGAAAAGCCAUUUUAAACGAGAAAAAAAAAUGCUAAAACACGUUGGAUUUUGAUAUAGUAAGUACAAUAGACAGGUAAUUAAGAGGCAAACCUAGUGCCUUUUUAAUAUCCGCAUUUUAUUAUGUGAAACUGUGCAUUUUUGUACACGUAUAUAUUGUAUGUAUUAUGUCCUAUGCAACUGUGAAUAUAUUUUUUAAAAAUGAAUUUUAUUGGUGUUUAUUUUUCAAUGAAAAAAACAGUUGUAAAUUUGUAAUAUUUUCUUAUAUAAUUUAUAUAUUUGAUGUUGUUGAUGUUUUUAAUUGUAAGAACGUGCACAUUAUAUGUUUUACCAAGCGUAUUUUAGCAAAUUAUAUGUGCUACGUGGUAUAAAUGGAAAAAUAUCUUAAUUAAAUGGAUGUCGAGA